GCAUGAGAGUGGCUUUCGGCGUGGGAACCACUGUCGACGUCCAGGCGAUCCAAAAGUUGUACCUUCUUGGUGUGGAGCCAAAGUGGGAGCUCUUCUUUCCAUUAAGGCUCAAUAUAUUUCCUUUCAUGACAGACUUCAUUUCUCCGCAAUUCAUCGAGCAGGUAUUGCGGAGAAAUGAAGUCAAGAAAGGAAAUCAUGUGUUAAGCUCUAAUUGAGCACAUCUUUUGUCCGCCCGACCAGCAAGACGAAGACGGACGCGCCAGAGAGAAGCAGCAGCAAGCCUGGUCCUCGACGCCAGUUCUCAGCAGGGAUGCUUGGCUGUCGCUGCCAGUGUCGCCGACUCAUUGGCGCCCAAUCGACAAAGGCGUUUGGCAUGAGCGAG